UCGCAAUCAACUAUGUAAGCAAUCACGUGGUCCCUUUUAUUUAUACAAUAUUCAUUCAUAAUUUUACGAAUAUUGAAAAAAAAUUUCUAUAGAAAUUUAAAAUUGCGGGGUGUAACAAUAAGUGAAAACCCCCUGUUGUGGCCAGACGCCCUUUUAAUUUAUCUUCCGGUGUAUUCAUCCCAAUUCUUGCGACUCAUUCUAAAUAAUCUUAUAACCUUUUUGGUCUGCUUAAAAUGCUUACGAUCAGCAUUUCUUUAUUUUUCACCGUUAUUGCUCUUGCCAUCGCCCGGCCUGAUGAAAACAAAUGGGUUUGGAACGACGGCGGAGAACCAAGGAAUCGAGAUGAAAAGAGAGCGAGGUACCUAGUUAACGAACAUAAUGGAAACGAAAAUUAUCAUCAAGGAAAUAAUCCCUACGAUAACUACAGACCACAGUAUCAAGGAUCUUAUGUUCAAGGAAAUGGGCCCAUAAGACCACCAUUUAAUGGCCUAAAUAGAGAAGAAAUUCUGGUGGGACCUGGUGGUCCAACAGGCAUCGUCAACAGGCCAAAUGGUAGUGGAGUGAAGGGUGAUUUAUACGAACCAGGUGGUCCCCAUUAUCAAGACUUCGAAACUUGCAAAUGUGGCUAUAGUUUCAACUGUCCCUCCACUGGUUUGAGUUUCGGCUCAUGCUCGAAAGGUAAGCGGUACUGCUGUUACAACAGCAACAAGUUUCCUAGUCUGACGCCUGCAGGAAAUCCCAGUCAGGUCUCCCACGCGUCUUAUCCGGGAAGACCAAACAACGGUCCAGUGAACUUUUUACCCCACAAUUAUUACGGCAGACCCCAAGGCAAUUUCCAUGGCGAUUACCAGAGUCAUCAAGGCGGACAUUAUCGUCCAGGUGAUAUUAAUUAUGGCCGACCAUACGGUGAGCGACCAUACGGACACGACAGAUACGAAAAUCAACGACCUUUCAACCCUUAUGAUGAACCCAAUUUUUACGCAAGGUCUUCAAAUAAAAACCCAGCAAAAGAUGACGUAAGCUCUACCAAAAAAUCCAGCGAGAAUAAAUCUUAAUUUGUUGAUUUUCGCAGUUUGUUUUCCUCGUAUGAACCAAAGAAAAAUUGUAUCAACGAAUUUAUAAUCGUGAAAGAAAUUAUGAAAAAAUCUAAUAUUGUACCCUUUUUACAAACUUCUUAAAAAACAUUCUCAUAUAUUUAUUCCUAGG